AUGGCGACCGGCGUCGACCUCAAAUUGCUCAAGAGCACGAAAUUCCCGGCCGAGUUCAAUCAGAAAGUCGACAUCACGAAGGUCAACAUUGGAGUGAUGAAGAAAUGGAUUGCUGGAAGGGUCACCGAAAUCCUGGGCACUGAAGACGAUGUAAUCAUCGAGCUCAUCUUCAACUUGCUCGAGAGCGUCCGAAACCCGGACAUCAAGUUGCUCCAGAUUCAAUUGACGGGCUUCCUCGAGAAGGAUACGGCGCCGUUCUGCAAGGAACUCUGGAAGCUGCUAUUGAGCGCACAAGCCAGCCCACAGGGUGUGCCAAAAGAGCUCCUAGAGGCGAAGAAGCAAGAGCUUCUUCAAGAAAAGGUUGAACAUUCUCGAUAUUCUCACUCGACUCCCCCCACUGCUACCCGCGAAAUUAAGAUCGAGCUCUCAAUGCUCUCGGUCUUUGAAGAUCCCAAGCUGACCGUGAAAACCACGACAAUUCAGAUCGAAGCAGACAAGGCUGCCGAAGAGGCUCGCAAGCGGCGCGAGGAGCUAGACCGCCGGGACUACUCAGGUGGAGACAGAGGUGACCGAGGAGACCGCGGUGGUAGAGGCGGUCGUGGUGCUGGGCGUGGGGGUGACUCGUGGCGCGGACGCCGUGACGACCGAGACCGAGGUGGUUUUGGAGGCCGUGGCGGUGGUGGCCGAUCACGUUCGCCGCCUCGCUAUCGCGACCAGCGAGACCAUACAGACCGCGGAGGUCCCCGCGGCGGCGGUGGCUUCAGAGACACAUAUACGCCCCCGAUCUCGCACUCGCUCGCCAUCUGUGGAUUCAGCCUCUUCCCGUUCGCCAUCUCGACGACCAAGCGUUGCCAGCAGCAGACGAUCUAUCUCUCGUUCCCCAACCCCUCGAGCUCGCCGUGCAAGACCUCGAUCCCCGUCUCCCCCAGUCAACCGGGAAGCACCGAAGAGACGCAGAUCACCUCCCCGCGACCGCGGACCCAGAGACCGUUCUCGUUCUGCAUCCUCUGGCCGCGCAUCUCGAUCGCCAAAACGUCGCCGUUACUCAACUUCGCGUAG